AUGUUUAGCUGUCUUUGGCAAUUAUGGGAUUGGAUUGAUCCACCCACGUUUACGACGAUGGAGAGCAAAAAGCUGCAGCAGUUGCAACAGGCCAAUUCCCAUCUGGCACCGAUGCCACAAAUGAAACCACCGCAAGGUGGUGGUUUUCAGCAUCCACCACCGGGCGGGUAUGACUACGGUGCGACCGCGGCGGCCCCGGGUCGAUCGACCAUGUAUCCACCGAAUGCCGCCCAGUACCAGGGCUACGGACAGCACGGUCAGCAUCCUGCGUCGCUGCGAUCACCCUAUUCGACCGGGAGCCCAAAGUCGUCGCUCAGCACGAACAGUGGCGCUCUCUACGGUGCGACCGACGUCGGAGAGAUGUCGUCCACCAGCGGUGGACCAUCCUAUCACAUACCUCCUGGACAGCAAGGACUGCUGCACCCACAUCAGCAGCAGUUCCGCAGCAAUACGCUCGGUCCCGGUGGUGGCGGUUACGGGUACGAUCAUCAGCAGCAGCUCUAUCGCGUCAGCUCACCAUCGAGCGGGAGUGGUGGCGGGGCGAGCGGAGAACGGGAACGCUUGUACCAAACAGCGCCCUUGGUGCGGUCCGGCGUACCUGGCACGCCCCACUCGGUCACGAGUGCGAUGAGCUCGAAUGCCCCGAUGUCGAAGCUGGAGCUACAGUUCCAACAACUGCAGCGUGAAAAAAUUCAGCAACAGAUAAAAACUGCCACCGAAGCCAUAGCCCAUCAGCAGCAAACGUUUGCCUUACGGCAACAGCUAAAUCCACCCGUUCCAAACUAUCACCUAAAGCAAAACCUGCUGCAGAACCUGUCCCAGCAUCAUCAGCAGCAAAUUCAACAGCAGCAGCAACAGCAACAACAGCCACAGCCUCAAAAUCAGCUGCAAGUGCAUAAACAUCCACAAUACCCUGCACAGCAACAGAAGCAGUUAGCUCAGCAGCAUCAACAACAGCAGAAACAACAACAGCAACAGCAGCAAAAACAACAACAACAACAGAUGCAACAUGCUAUGAAGCAACAGCAGCAGCAACAGCAGCAGCAGGCACGAUAUGCGUCAGGUGCAUCGGCGAACCGUAACGCACCACCAUCAAGUCUGAAUCUGUUGAACCACUGUCAACCGGCAGCUAGCGAAACGGAUAAAAUAAUGCGAUCGCACGUGCCAUCCUACCAUGGAACAGUCGAUACGACGGGAGGAGCUGUUAUCGGUCUAUACGGCGAGGAAGACUCGCUCUACCACCAAAAGGGUGGUUACCCGCAGGGAAUAACUUCACCAGGUGCGAAUAGCGAAAUCAUUAUUCAGCAAAACAUUCCCGGACAGGUUGUGAAUCAAGCGUGCCAAACGCAAAUCAGCUCGAUGGUGUUAGCUGGUAACAGUGGUGUUGCCCAACAACCGCAACAGGUGAAAUCAUCACCAUCAGACACACUCUCAAGCCCAUCGCAUGAUUCCAGCGAGCGACGACGUGGCGGAAGCGGACAACAGCACACACUGAAAUCUCCCGUCACCAAGCGACCAGCCAAUGCGCCAGUAGCAUUGUCCGGCUGGCUGUACAAACAGGGUUCGGACGGGCUGAAAGUGUGGCGGCGACGAUGGUUUGUGCUGUCGGAGUACGUGCUGUACUACUACAAAGGUCAGGAGGAGGAAAAACUGCUGGGAACUGUGCUGCUACCAUCGUACAAAGUGUCUGCCUGCUUUCCGGAGGAUAAGAUCUACCGUAAGUUUGCGUUCAAAUGUGAACAUGCGAACAUGCGCACGUUUGUGUUUGCGGCAGAGAACGGUGAAUCCAUGAGCCAGUGGGUCCGUGCGCUGACAUUGGCCACGAUGAUGAUACAGCAUGUCGGUACCGAACAGGAGGGAAAUUCUAACCAGCACCAGUACGGCACUAAGGGCAGCGGUGCUGGCAGCAGUGAACUUUUGUCCAGUGAUUCGAGCGGUACCGGUGGCCCGCAGUCACAGGGUUCGAACGAUACUAUGAAGUUGAUACAGCAGGCGGGUGGUAAUGGCAGCAGUAGCAGUAGUGGUGCCGGUGCAUCUGGGCUAAAUGACAGCAUGUCUCUACCGCAGCCACUGUACGCCAAUGCUCCCCCAAAGCCGAGACGCGUUAAUGAUGCAGGUUAUUCUUCGCCCAGCCCCGAACAUACGAUGCUGCACGAGCGCUACGACCAAAUGGUGCAACAUCAGCAGAUGCUGUUCCCAGGGGUAGCCUCCGGUGCGCAGGUUGGUGGAGGGGGGUUGGUACUAGGCAACAACCGAACCCCGGCGGCAUUAACAGCUCAGGCGAUCUACGGUGAUCCGAAACGGAUCGAGCGAGACUUGUACAUCCAGAAGCUUAUAGAGCAGCAGCAACAACAGCAGCAAUUGAAUGCCGCCAAACAGCAGCAGCAGCAACAACAGCAGCAACAUCUUGGAAUACAGUCAUCUCCCCUGCAUGGUCAGGUACUGCGUAGCACGCCCGGUGCUGGAACGAAUCCAUUUCUCUACCCGAGUAAUGAUCGCCGGACGCCGGAUACCUACGGGCCACCGAAUGCAGCGAUCGAUCCCAAGCAUAUGUCUGAUUAUGAGGACAUCUAUAAUUUAACCAUGCUGUCGAAAUCGCUACCAUCAAACGCUGCUGGACCGAUAGAAGGGAUGGCCGGAGAGGGAGGUGGUGCGGUACCGGGUGGGACAAGUUACAAACGACCAUCCAGUCCGCUGCGCUACGAAAGCAAUGGCGCAUUCCCGCCGUAUAUGGGAAAUUCGGCAUUGUACAAUGCCGGUCAAUUUGAGCAUCAACUAACAGCAGGUACUGCACCGUUACCACAGCAUGUUCAGAUGCGAGCACGUCCUAUUCCACCGAACAUUCCACGACCGCACUCGGCCGACUUCUUGGAUUAUGAGGCAAGGCACCCCUUAAACCAAACGGUCGGCGGGGGUAACGACGAGCCCAGCCCUGUACAUCGUACUCCGAGGCCAAAAUCUAGCCUGGAUAUUAAUCGCACGCCUGACCACUAUUACUAUUCUGAGGCCAGCUAUGCGGAGAAGAUGCGCCUGCAAAGCGCAUCGUAUUUGCAACGGACCAAUAAUUCAGCCAACGGUGCAUCGCGCAAACAACAACGAUCCGAUGAACUACAAGGAUUGUUCUCCAGCGGCACGAUGCCCCGAGAAGGAUUGUACCGAAGCGGAAGUGGCAAGUUAAUACAAUCGCAUCAACAGCAACAGAUGGAAGAUUACCCGAUUGGCUCGCAAAGUAUGCCACGACCAUCAGCAACGGAUCGUGCUGCGACAGGCACCCGCCCGACAGUGAGCAGCCUCAAGAAACAGGGCAGUGGUACGUCCCAGCAACAGCAACAGGAGCAAUUCGCACGUUCAGCGAGCGCACGGUUACCGCGCAAGGAAGAGGAUUCUUCCCUGCGGGACGGUGAACGCAAACGGGAAGAAUCGAUGAAGCGACUGCUCGAGUGGAAGCAGCGAAUGUUGCAAUCACCGCUGACAAAGAAAAUUGCUAGCCAGCAUUCGGCCACAAUGGCGUCGGCUGAAUCGCUCAAUCCCGGCUCAAGCACAAACGUGGCCGGUGAUCGACGGCAUGAGGAUAUCUACGGCAUGAAGUCGGAAGAUUCGCUGCUGCGCGGUGAUUACUAUUCGUCGACAUACGAGCGGCAAUCAAUCGGUGAUUUGACGACGAUCGGUUCGGCGGUAGCCGCUAGAAAGCAUGGUGGCAGUGUGGCCAACAUUGCCCAAACAUCGGCGUACGGUAGUGAGAUGAAGCUGAACGGAGAUUACAACAGUUACUCGUCGGAUGAUGAAGAUGGAAGAAAAUUUACGCCGGCAGGAAGGUCAUCCCCACUCGUUAGUACCGUUGCCACGAAAGAGGUAGCAGAAGCACCACCACCAUCACACAAUUUAACACAACACAACCACAGCCACCAAUUUUCCGAUUUCGCCGCUGGCACUGGCAGCACUGAUAAUACGAUGCACGCAUUAACGCAAUCUUUUUACGCCGACACGACCGGCAGUGGCGGUGAUGGUAAAGACAGGAUUAUCAAACCAGUCACUAAUGCGGAUAUGGACAGACACUAUAGCAUGGAACGGGAGCAGGAUAGCAAGCCGACAGCACUUGCGAUGAUCGUGCAGCGGGAUGAGGAAGAGGAUGGGUUGUAUGAGGAUAGUUUAGUGAAUCACGCAAGUGCCAGCGCUAGUCCCAAUUUGAGUGUAGAUGUGAAUGUAUAUGAAAAUAGUUUUAUGAAGGCGCCAAACGAACGUAAGAAUUCGGAAAGUGAUGCGGAUAAGGGUCAAGAAACUGAUGGUAGGAAUCGGCGCGUACCAAAGGAUGACAUUGCAACCGGGCUAGUUGAGCAUCUUGUGAAUAGCAAGGCCCAUGUCAAUGACUGCUUGCGUAGCGAUAGAAAUAGUGGUAGGAUAAAUGGUAAUGGGAACCGUAACAACUCAUCGUUUGAUGUUAAACCUUUGCUAAUAACGGACCUGGUUGACCCUAAACAACAAGCGUAUGUGCCAGUUUAUAAGCACAGUCUCUCGUCAUUGAGUGUCACAGCGUUGCAUUCUCCCUCGGCGACUGUGUUAAGCGCAAUGGGCAAAGAGUCACCCAAAGAAGCAGCAGCAAAUAAGCUGCGAGAGUCGAUGAAUGAUCAGGAAGUGACUGAAGCAAUCGACGAGAAGGGCGCGGAUGAUGGUGAAGAUAUCUUCGAAUAUACCGACGAAGAUCUAGAUGAAGCGUUGCAACAUGCUGAGGAACAGCAGGACAUUAACACAAGCAAAGAACAGGCUGCCACGCUGGAGCUGCCGAACUACGGAAUGUCGAUAGACGAUGAGCUUUCAAUGCAGAUAAUGGAAGGACACUAUAUGCCGAUGACACCGCGAAAGAACUUGAUCGGCUCACCUAGCAGCUGUACGACGCUGUCGCUAUUGAACCGCCACAAUAGUAUAAAUCAACCGGGACAACUGAUGGCAUCAUCGGCAUCCUCGACCGGCAAGUUGAGACCGUGCGAAAGUUUAACAGCAAUGGACAUACUGGAUUCGAUACAAAAAAGCAACGAAAUGCAAAUGUGCAACGCUUACGACGAAAGUACCUACAUUGAGAUGACUAAGGGAGCACUGGGCAAGAGCGUGUUUGCCACAGCGGACGAGCUGAGGGGGACGACGUACGAGAUGAUAAUGAUGCCAGAACCGUCCCGAUCCCUUUCCAGCGCGGCCGUGAAUGGCGGUGAGUUAGGACUGAACCGAACCACAGCAGAUUCGGAACCAUUGUACAUGGAGUUGUCGCAAUUGCAUAGCAACAUUAAUACGCUCACCAAAAAGGAUUCUACCCUUGGUCGCACGGAUAGAAGCGCCAAAAGGGAUGAAAAACUCGAUGCGAAGGUAGUUGAUGGUGAGUAUCAGAAGAAAUCGCAAAACAUGGAAGGUACGGCUGAACUUGCGGGAGAAAAAACCAGCACGAUGGUGCGCAUGAAAAAUGCAGUGACUGGCGGUACUAUGAGUAAGAAGAAGAAGAAGGAUAAAAACUGGCCAGAUAUAGUGAUGCAAUCCAGCAAAACCGACGACAGUGACAGCGAAUCGGACGCGGCGGAUAAAAUCAAUGAUGAUUGCAAACGAAUCAAAAAGAAAACCAGUGCCAAAGAGAAACCGCUGUCCGCAAUGAAUUCGGAGCUGCAGAGCAAGAUCAUGGCCCGUACACGGUUCAGUCUGUCCGAUACCUUUCGACCAGCGUCGUAUUAUUUGGGAGCAAGCGGUAGUAACACUCAGUUCGGUCACGGUAGCAAUGGCGGGGAAAGUUCGUUCGAUAUUUUGCUGGACAGCUCGGACAGUGACAUUGUAUCACCGCCUCCAAUACCGAUCACUUCACUGCCACUCGAUGAACCGGACGGUGGUAGCUGCGGCGAUGAAGCGAGAAUGCUACUGGGUACCGUGGACAUAGCAAGGUACGGCGAUCGGGAGAAAUUUCGUUCUAGCGAAGCGAUCGAUCUGAUAAAGAGUCAUCACGCGCAGGAGAAAAGACAAUCGGUUCAAAGUUUGGUUACCGGCACAUCCAGCGGUGGUCAAUCGUUGGCCGGCUCGAUGAAUCUAUCGUACGGUAUGCGUCGUGAAAGUGGCAGCAUUUCGUCAAAUCGUUCAAGCCUUCGCAGCAGUUCCCAAGGACUGUUUGGUGUUGGCAACACGGGUGCAGUUGGUAAGCAAACUCGCGAUUCACUUAGCGGCCAGGAACGUGGCUAUGACGGUGUGUCCCAUGCGUCAUCGGAAUACGAACUACUGGUGCGGGACGCAUGCGCCAAUUCGGUCCGGUUAGGAUCGGCGAUGGGCGCACGGAGGGAUGAUUCGUCUGCACGAAGUUCGAUCACGCUUUCCGAGACGAGCGGUUCCAUCGAGUGGAGGAGUCGCUCAUGCAUGGAUGUGUCGAUAAGAAACAAAAGACGUCCCAUAUCGGGAAGCUCAAUCAAUUGCCCCAUUGAGUUGGCGCUGGAUGGUCUUGAGGCCACGGCAGAGAUUGUCGGUGGCGAGUUAGACAGUAGUCGGAGUAAUCACUUUUUGAGUAAUAUUGAAGGUGGAACGGGAGGUAUUGUGGAAGGUAACACAGAGGAAUUGAACAGCAAUUCGUCCAAUUUUUCCCAAAAUGGCCAUGAUAACAGUAUCUACUACGAGAACGUGGAUGUUACUGGAUCGAAUGUUGCCGAGUUGACAUCACGCAAUCUACCCGUACCGAUACUGAGUCCGCUGAGGGAGAAAAAUCUUUCCCUGCACGAUGCACGCUGCCAGUCUGAAUAUCUCAGCACGGUUCUCGAGGGACACAGUCUUGAUGUGGAGAAUGCUUCGCUCCUGUCGGCGAUGGAUCCCGACCAGCAAAGCUCGUGCACGAUUCGCUAUGAUUAUGAUCGCUCGAACCAGUGCAACCGGACGAUCACGCCAGUUGAUGGCGGCUCGCAGUCAGUGGCGACCGACGCAAUACACAGUCGUAACAACAGUACGCUCUCGUCGGAGGGUGCUCCCUACUACUAUUCCGAUCUGCAGGCGGCUCGAUCACGCGACGAGGAUAGAUUCCAGCACCAGCGGCAACUGAGCAAUGAUCGGUGUGGUACCAGCAAUGGGAGUUCCCACACGUCACCAUCCGCACUCUUUGCAGCUGGCGAUACGCUAAACAAUCAACGUGAUCCGGGAGGGCUGCGUAAGCAUACGUCCGGCAGCAUAUUCCACAUUCACAACCCAUUAAACACACUCAAGACGGCGAAUUUGUUGCUGCAUGCAUCCGCCAGCGAGAAGCAUGCGGAUAUCGAUCGCAAAAACCUUUACGAGUCGGAUCGGAUUGGACAGAAGGAGGUUAACAAAACGAUUGCUGCAUCGUUAGCGGGUGGUGUAGGUAAGGUUGCUGGAAUGCCGGCAGGUAGAUCAUCCUCUUCCUUAUCGGUAAAUGCGUUCAAAGAUGGUAGCGGUACGAUAAGCCGCCUCUCCACGGGGUCGUUCUGUAGCUCUGCCUUCCAGCAUCCAUCGAGCACAUACGGCGCACAAUCGAGCGCAAGUGGUGAUCCUAUGCCGGGAUGUAGUAGUAGCAGCAGGGAUGGAUUUCACCACCUGCUCGACACUUCUGCUGGUAAUAUUUCGUCCGGCGAUCAACUCUGGGAGGAAGACACGCUGUGGCGCGAUAACUUACGGCGCGUGUCCCAUAUACACGCGAAAUCAAUGGAUAAUCUUGACCACCUGGGCACGAUCAGAUCACCUUCGGCGGCGUUGCUAGCUAAAACGAUCAACCACCAGCAGCAGGAAGCACAGCGCGAAACGCAGGAAAGAUACCGCGAUGGACAACCGGCGGACCCGAACAGUGAAGAAUUGAGCAUCAAACCAAUUGUCAAAAUAAAUCGCAAGGAUGUGACCUACGUCAAUGAGCAUCUAACCAAUCUUCCGGUAUCGAAGACAGCGGUAUUCGGUGAGCAAGCCACUGUACCUACCGCGAUGGUAAACUCUUCAAACAACGCACACUCCACCCGGGCAGGAAAUACGCUGGUCAGCGAAGCCAAUGCCGGUGGUGAUGGUGACGACGAUGACGUGUAUGUGCAGCUCGCUAGUAACGUAUCCUCGUCGGGUACGAUUGUGCGUGGUGAUGGCCGCUGGUCAUCAUCGAGCGGACGAGAGUCAGAUGCGGUGUACGAGGUGCUGCGUGAUGAGAUAAACCGAUACGACAUCAAUCGUGAAACAAUUCGACAAUGGGAUCUCAUGUCCAGUGGGCUGGUAAACAGCAGCACGACAACAUCCAGCACCCCGAAGACGAACGGGAGCAACCUUAACGCCGGUAGAAAAUCGCACGCCAGUAACUGUACAACCUCCAUCGCUGGCAAGACAAACGCGACGGACGGUGGCGUGGAUAAUGGGGCCGGGGUGCAUUUGCAUGCAUUUGCCAAAACGGGAACUAGAGCAAUACUAGCCACGGCAUCUUUAUCUGAGCCCGGUGAUAACGCGAACGAUGCAAUGUCGGUGGGUAGUGUGAAUAGUAGCAAAUAUAACAUCCCAGACAGUGAACGCAACGUGGAAUCGUUGAGGGAUAAGUAUAGCAUGGAUAAUAACAAACAUAUAAACAUUCGGAAACAUGAUCGAAGAGAAACUGGACUGGAUGAUUGUAGGGCAACAAAAAAAUGA